AUGAAUCAAGCGUUACAAGUGCUGGUGGACACACUGUUGCUGCUGUACUACUGGUGCGAAGGGAUUGUACUGUUUUUUGUGCCCAAACGGCUGCGAUUCAAGUCGGUUGAGUCGGACAUCGCGCUGAUCACCGGCGGGGGAAGCGGUUUGGGUCGGCUAUUGGCCCAACGAUUUGCCCGAUUGGGCGCCCGUGUGGUGGUGUGGGACGUGAAUCAGUCGGCUCUGGACGAGACGUGUAAACUGAUUAAUCAGGAGCUGAAUGCCGGCAUAGCCGGUGGGACAGGCGGUGGUAAGCAACGGGUGUAUAGCUAUGUGUGCGACAUAUCGGACAGGGAGGUCGUGUACGCGACGGCCGAUCGGGUCCGUCGCGAUGUCGGCAAAGUGACCAUUUUGGUCAACAACGCGGGAAUAGUGUCCGGAAAGCGAUUCCUGGAGACCCCCGACGACAAGAUUGUCAAAACGUUUGAAGUGAACGCCAUUUCACACUUUUGG